UGGCAGCAAGCUCUAGAUGGCUGGGAAACGGCACCUGGAGUCGCUGGACCCUGUCCUUUUCACCAAACUACCUCGUCUGGAGCCUGAGCCGGGGCUCUGCAAAGCGUCCCUUGUCCCCGACAACCCUUGUGGCUACAAGGGCUCCUACUUCACUUGCCCGCUGGCUGGCCGCGAUGUCCCUGAGCCGCUGGUGCGCUGGAGCCCGGCGGCCGCCUACGUGCCCUGCGCCGCGGGGCAGCUGCCGCGCACUGCCUGCCUGCGGCACCAGCGCGAGGCGGAGAGCCCCGGUGCCCGCCUGCGAGCCYCGGCUGCCGACAAGGGCCGGGAGGGCCUGAUGCAGGAGCUGCUCCUGGCACGGGAGAGGUGGAGCAGCCCUGCGGCUGUGAAGAGGCCGCUGGCCGUGCACAAGGCUGGCGCACCCGCRCGCUGCAGCACUCUGGCUGUCCCCAAGCCCGUCUAUGGGACGCCCGUGUGCUACCUGGACCCGAGGCCGCCGCUGGCGCUGCGACCCGCUGACUGGGCUCUCCCCGCUGCCCCGCUGGCAUCCUGCGGCCCUGAGGAGGGCCCGCUGGCCAAGCCCAGCCUAGUGCCACUGCCCACGGGCCUGGCGCUGCCUGCCAAGCUGGGCUCACCCGCCGCCUUGGCGUCUGCCUACUAUGGUGCCCUGGAGAAGUACCCCUCACCUGGCGGCUYGCCCUUCCUCGAGGCCACCCGCCAGCCGCCCGCCAAGGGCCCCGAGGAGUCCGAUGCCUGGCUGCAGCCCGGCACGCCUGCUGCCAGCCCGCUGCCCCGCCACGGCCCCGCGUACCGGGAGAAAGCGGCAGGCUGCUACGCGCCCUACGCGCUGCCCCUGCACAAGCCAGGCGCGCUGUACCCGCCGGCGGCGGCCCUGGAGCAGCGGGCAGCCACUCUCCCCUCCAUGCCCGGCAGCCASCGGGACUUGGGCUUCCCGGCGGGCGAUGAGCUGCCUCUGCCCGGCGCCUUCCUGCGGCUGCAAGCGCCCAGGAGCUACUCAGAGGGCUACGUGCCCCCCGGUGCCGCGGAGCCCCAGCAGCAGCUGCGUGGCCCCGGCUUUGCCUUUGGGCCCGCCGACGUGGACGCGCACACGGAGCCKCCCAGCGAAGGGCGCGGGGCCCUGGGCAAGGUGGCCAGCGCCUUCCAGCCCGUUGGCGCCCUGGACAAGGCGCCUCGCGGUGCCGAGAGACUCCCGGAGACGUUCACCGUGGCAGAGCCGGCCUAUGGCUUGGAGCUGUGGUGCGCCGCACGGGAGCGGGACCUGCCGUAUCUGGAGAAGAGGAGGACGGGCCUGGCGCUCCGAGAGAGCAGCCGGGGGGCUGCCGGCCUGCCGCUGGCAGCUCCGAUCCCCAUAGCCAGCAGCCCCGUCUGCCAGGUGGGCAAGGGAGAGGCCCCCAGGGUGAAGGAGGCAGCCAAAGAGCUGCGUGCCUCUCCUCAGCUCGCAUCUCUGCAGGGCAGACAGACGGACGUGCGGGGCAGUGGCGAGGCAGCCCCCUCAUCCCCACCCAUGCCUGUUAUCAACAAGGUCUUCAGCUUGGCCCCUUAUCGAGACUACCUGGAAGGGCCCGCUGAGGACCCCUUCACCAAGGACCACGCAAAGGCAGAGAGCCUGUGCCGAAACGCGGGGAGCAGCCCGGGAAGCAGGGACUCUCCCAAGGCUCUGCCAGAGCCAGGUGUCUCUACCACAUCCCAUGUGCUGCCUGCUGGGAGCAGCAUGGACCAGAGCUGUGUGUCCAUGCCUGGUGAAGGGGGACCUUGUUCCAAAGGGAGCCACAAUCCAAGGCUUCUGCCCCACAACUGCUUGGCAAAAAGUGGCGCCUCACCUCAGGAUGGCAGUGCUGGGGAUUCAGUGCCCGAUGAGGUUGUUCUGGACCUUAGUUUGAAAAAGAGACUAGUGAGAGUAGGGCAAGCCCCGGACUCUGUUGGCCACGUGACAGGGACAUCUAAAGGAGAAGAUGCAGCCAGACACAAAGAGGAGGCACCCAGGAAGGUGGAGAAGGCCAAGGACACCAAGGCUCAGCCCUUGCCGCUGCUGGUAGAGGUUGGCUCUCGGGACAAGAGCAACUUCCAGAGCUCGGCCACCUUCAUGUUCAAAAAAUACAAGAUCCUGAAGUCCCUGCCACCUGGUGCUGUGCCUCCGCGCCCAGCUGCCGGAGCGCCGGCAGCAGCUCCRUCAGGCAACGUCCCUUCUCCACCAAGUCCACGCGCGUCUUCGCAGCCCCAGGCCGAGCCCCAUCCCAGCAGCUCUGUCCUGCAGGUGACCUGCCUCAACCUGCAGCUCUCCGACAUUUCAAAGCCACUGCUGCCUGGCACUCCCGAAGCGCCGCGUGUGCCCGGAGAGGACAACGUCUCAUUGCCCAGUCACUGCGAAGCCCCUGCCCAGCAGACCUCUGCCAGCCAGUAUUUCACUGCCUUGCAUGUGUCCCUCUGCAAUGUUAUCUCGUGUUCCGUGUCCCGGUCCUCCCCAGAGCUGCUCCAGGAGUGGCUGAGGAGGACAGAGCCCAAGGAGGAGCUCAGAGAGAUGCCCAAAUCUCCCCCCAAACCCAAGAACAGUCCCAGGCUUUCUGAGCCCCAGAAGCCCACCAAAGGCAAGGAGAUCUGGCUGGCUUUCAAGGAUGUGGCUGCUCUCCUCAGCAAGCUGCUGUCUCAGCUGGAGACCUUCAUGUUCACUCGCAAGUGCCCCUUCCCCCACGUGGUUCGUGCAGGUGCCAUCUUCAUCCCCAUCCACGUGGUGAAGGAGAAGCUCUUCCCCAAGCUCCCCGGGGCUUCUGUGGACCAAGUGCUGCAGGAGCACAAGGUGGAGUUGCGCCCAACCACCCUCUCAGAAGAGAAGCUUUUGAGGGACCUAGAGCUCAAGAGCUGCACUUCCCGCAUGCUGAAGCUCCUGGCUCUCAAGCAGCUCCCUGACAUCUACCCAGAUCUGCUGAACCUUCACUGGCAUGACUCCAUCAAGCAACAGCUUGGUUCGGGCUCGCAGGCUGACCAGCACCUCUCCAAGUAGGGCUGUCGUGGAGAUGCUGCGAGCCCAUGGCAAAGCAGUGACCGUGCGUGACACCGGAGAGAAGGCGGUGCUGGGAGCCGUGCCGCGUGCGUC